GUGUGAGGACAGUUGUCGUGCAGCAGGUGGUCGUUGGGGAUUUAUUUAGCAGCAGCAGAACCUCCCAGUCAGCUGUGAACUUCUCAAGGCUCGGACCAGAACCGGAGCGGAUCCGGACAGGAACUGGACCUGCUCAGCCCGUCAGAACCCGGUCGGGGUUUCCAGGAGGUUCUGGACGUUUCUCUGGGUCAGGUCAUGGACGGACUCUGAUCCGGAACCAGCUGCAGGCCGCUGCUUGCUGCCGAUGGAGACGCGGUUGCCAUGGAAACGUUGCAUCCACCUGACUCUGCUGCUGGUCCAGCUGCGUUUACCUGAAGUGGGAGCUUCCUGUCGCAUCCUGAGGUGUAACUCUGACUUUGUUGCUGCGACCGUCCACCUGAGCGGCGGCGGCGGCGCGGCGCUCAGCAGCGACUCUGCGUACUGCAGCGCCCUGCGCUCCUACAGCCAGUGCACCAAGCGGACGGCGCGGCCGUGCCGCGGAGACCUGGCCUACCACUCGGCGGUGCAGGGCAUCGAGGACCUGCUGAUCCAGCACCGCUGCCCGCGGGCGGGGCCCACGGCCCGGCCUUGGCCCCGCCCACAGGCCGCCGUGUCGGGGGACGCCUGCCUCUACGAGCGGAGCUUCGUCCGCAGGGAGGGCCGCCCGCCAGAGUACCGGCACUGCAGCGUGUUCGGAGACCCGCACAUCCGAACCUUCAGCGAUGACUUCCACACCUGUGCAGUUCAGGGGGCGUGGCCUCUCAUCGACAACGACUACCUGUAUGUGCAGGUCACCAGCACGCCAGCCAGUCACGGGACGUACCACACUGUCGUCACCAAGAUCACCAUCAUCUUUAAGAGCUGGCGGCAGUGCACCGACCAGCAGCUGUACCAGGCGGAGCUGGACGACGUUCCCGCCGCCUUCGCCGACGGCUCUCAGUGGAGCGGCGAGCGGCGAGGCCGCCGCGUCCUGACGGUGCGGACCGACAGUCCCGGCCGGCACGCCGAGAUCCGGGCGGCGUACAUCGGGACGUUGUUGGUGGUGCGACAGAGCGGCCGCUCGCUCGGCCUGUCCGUCCGCUCGCCCCGCGGCGUCCUGGAGGCCUUCCACCCGGACCACGACCUGCAGCUGUGCGUGUGGGGCUGCCCCGCCUCCCACAGAGUGGACGCCCUGCGCCCGCCGCCGCAGGCCGCCGGCGCCGCGGAGGCUCACUGCGCCGCGCUGCUUCCCGCCCGGGACGUCUACUACCACGCAUGCGUGUUCGACCUGACCGCCAGCGGAGACAUGAACUCCAGCGGAGCCGCGGUGAGCGCCCUGCAGGACGCCCUCAGCAUGACCGGCGGCGGGCAGGGCGUCCACCUGCUGCCCGCCGCCGCUGCAGGACCAGCGGGACCGCAGCCGCCGCUGCUGCCGCUCAGCAUGCUGGGAGUUCUGGGCGGGGCCUGGAUCACCUGCUGCUAGUUACAUUCACUGGUACUUUUAGGAGUAUUUUUACAACUCUAUACUUUUCACUUUCACAUGAGCAGUUUCAUUAUAAAGUAUCGAUAUGAAGUAUCAUUAUAAAGUAUCGAUAUGAAGUAUCAUUAUAAAGUAGGCCGAUACUCUUGGUUGAGUUAAACUGGAUCCUUCGCUGUGAGUCACGUCACUGAAUGAAGAACAAACUCAUCUUCAUGGGCACCAUUUGUAAAAUUACACAUCAAGUUUAUUUUCGCCAUGCUUAAUCUGUUGUUAUAAAAAUAAAUAUUUAACUUAAAGAUAAAUAUUUAGCAGAGAAUAAAACAUUUAGUUGUUGUUUGGAAACAAUAUUUUGCUGUUUCCAAACAAAAUAUUUAAUUUGAUUACUAAAUAUUUAGUUUUGAAAGUAAACUAAAUAUCUAGCUUGUGAAUUAAAUAUUUAGUCUGGAAUAAUAUGACUGAUAUAUAACUUUAAAAAACGAACACCCGCAUUUCUUUUCUCUCUAACAGACUAAAAAUAAACCAAGUUUUUUAGUGUAACUUUGCAAACGGCGCCUCGAGUUUCAGCCAAACAUCCAUCAGAUCAGAUUCUCACCUGCAGGUUUCAAGUUUCAUUAGUUUUAUGUUGAAAGAAACAGAUUUGGAAAAAAUGUUUUUCUAUCUUGAGUUUUGUUAUUUUCUUGUUAUUUAUGUAAAUUAUUGUCAAUCUGGUUUUUAAGAUUUCAACAUUUUCUCAUCACUUUAUAUUUUGGUUUGAUUAUGUGAGUUGUUAAAAUGAAAAGAUGUUUUUAUGCUUCCCACCGCUCAAGAAGCUGCAGGAGGUGAUGCUUGUUUCAUCGUUUUGAUGGAGUAAAAAACAUCCAGUUUUUCAGUUUUCAUGGAGACUCAAACAUCUCGACACUCCAGAGUUAAAAAACUGCAAAAACAUUUUUGAUCUCAGCUGCGGCUGUUUCCAGGGUGUUUCAUCAAAACCAGACAUUUGUGUCUUAUCAAUCAGUGACUCAAAGUUCAGCUGCUCUCCCUCCACUCCCCUCUGGUUCCGUGUUUGAAGUGAAAAGUGAUUAUCAGAAACAUUGGUUCAGGUUUGGUUCUGCAGAGGAUCCAGUCGAACCUUCUGAGCAGCAGAACAUGAAGGAAACAGCUUAAAAUGGUUGUUUUUUUAAAGCACAUUUCAGCAACAAGCUGACGCAACAACAAGAAAAGGAUUUAUGUUGAGUUGGCAAGACAAAGGAAAUUGAUUAAAUGUUGAAAACAGACUAAAGUUAUUGAUUUAUUUAUUAUUUAUCAGAGGCAGCUCUAAGCAAACUCGUUUUUGAACGUUAAUUUUAAGGUUUUCUUACUUUCAGGCAUCAUUUUGUUUUGUACUGGAGCCUUGAGGAUCAGUAAAUCCAGCUCCUCUCUUACAGGUUUUAAUCUCCACUCUUCAGUUUGCUCAACAAAUUUACUGCUUGUUUCAUGAAUCCAUUCUUUUUCUCAGCAUUUUUUUUACUCCAAGUUAAAUGUUGCCAAAGUUACAAAUAAACAAGUAAAAAUA